UAAACAAAAACUAACAGUAGUUGGAUUAGUCGCCAUGAUGAAAACAAUCAUCGUAUUAGCCUGCCUGGCAGCGUUGGCCACGGCCAACUUUAGCAACCACAAGGUCUACCGUGUGAAUCCUUCCAAUAAAGAACAGCUUGAUGUAGUCAGGGCGUUUGAAGGCAUCAAAGGCGUCGACUUCUGGUCGAAGGCCCGCGCUGUCAACAAGGAAAUGGACAUUAUGGUCUCCCCUCAGAUUCAAAUGAGGUUUACUGACACCUUGAAGCAAAAUUCAAUCGCCCACAAUGUUUUGAUCAAUGAUGUAGAGACGGUUGUCCAACGUGAAAAGAUGGAGAAAAUGAUGUCCCCGCGUGUGGAAGCUGGGAAAAUCAACUUUGAGCAGUACCACACCUACGACACCAUUGUUGAGUACCUAAUUCAAUUAGAAUCAGACCAUAGUGAUAUCGUCGAGGUCAGAAGCAUUGGUGGAACUUAUGAAGACCGUGAAAUGGUUAUGAUUAAGAUCUCCACUGGAGGAUCAAACAAACCCGCUAUUCUUAUUGAUGCAGGAAUCCACGCUCGUGAAUGGAUCGCACCCGCAACUGCCUUAUACUUCAUCCAUGAACUGGUUGAGAACAAGGACAAUCGUCAUAUGAUCGAAAACGUUGACUGGUACAUCAUCCCAGUGUUGAACCCUGAUGGUUAUGAAUACACCCACUCCUCUACUUCCAACCGCUUCUGGCGUAAGACCACCACCAAGGGUCAACGUUGUGAUGGUGUUGACGCCAAUCGUAACUUUGACUUCCACUGGAUGGAAAUUGGUGCCAGUGAUUAUGAAUGUGAUGAGACCUAUGCAGGUCCCGAAGGUUUCUCCGAAUCUGAGACCCGUAACCUCAAGAAUCUUGUUGAGUCCCUGGGAUCCCAAACCAAAUUGUAUUUGACUUUCCAUAGUUAUGGUCAGUAUCUCUUAUACCCAUGGGGUUACACCUCUGCUCUUCCUGAAGAUGUGCAGACUUUGGAUGACUUGGCCCAUGAUGUUGCUGAUGCUAUCUAUGCUGUUGACCGUACUGAUUAUACCAUUGGUUCUUCUACUAAUGUUUUGUAUGCUGCUGCUGGGGGUAGUGAUGAUUGGGUUAAGGCUGUAGGUGGCGUUGCUCUUUCCUACACUAUUGAAUUGCCUGGAGGUGGAUGGAAUGGUUUUGAUCCACCAGCGAGUGCCAUCAAGGGUGUGGCUACUGAAACCUUCGAGGGUCUUAAGGUGUAUCACGCUUAUGUUGAAAAGAACUUUUAGGUUUUAAGUUAAAACAUGAAAAGACAAUAAUAAAAAGUAUUUAUAAGAUAA